UCAUUCGCCAUCCGAGUCAUACACUCUGCGAAGCUACAACCGAUCGGUGACCACGAUGCGGAUGAGAUUGCUGGUCAUUUGGAUUUCCCUAACUGCUCUCCUUGAAUGGAGCAGGGCGCAGGAGGACAACAUUGAAGAGUUCAGCUUAAGCGGCGGACUAGCGGGUGAAAAGUCAGAAAACUCAGGCAUUGAAGCCGGUGAAAAUGACACAGAAUCCCUAGGACAAAGUCACUUAUUUUUGAACACAACACAAAGUCCAACUGAUGACCCUGAGCCUACACAGGAACUGUCAUCUAUUGAAAGUCAAGUUGGACAGGUAGGCCACCAGUCUGGAGAGGAUGAGAAGGAACCGGAAAUCACAAGCUUAGACACUAAUUCGGAAACGGAUAACAAAUUAGAAGGGGACAAAGAAGAGCCAGAAAAGGAAUCCACCGGGAAUUCCGGUGGCUUUGCGCCAACUCAAGUUCCUCAAACCGACAAAGUAGACCAAUCGUCCGGACAUAUGGAUACUUCGGACUCGUCUUCAGACUCUUCAGUGACUCCCGAUACUCGCCCAUCAACUUCACUAGAGGAGGUCCUGGAAACUCACCCAACAAACAAAACUGAGGAACCAAUGGGAGGAUCGCCCGAUUACCCGGCUGAUGGGCCCCAGGAGGACACCACAACUCCACCCCCAGAAGAAACAACCUUGGCACCACACAAGCCCCCAGUUGCAGAUCCAGAACAGAAACCCCUAAGCUGCUAUUCCUGCAUGUUCUGCAACAAAACGAUCACCAAUGAAACAAAGUCAAACUGCGGCCCGAUACCUGGCAAAAGGAAUGGAUGUCGCACCAUACUGCUCAACGAUCCCAAUGUCGUUCCGGGGAAGAAGUACUUCCUGCAUCGGGGCUGUGUAUCCGAGUUAGAUAUGGAGCUAUCUCGCUAUUGCGCCGAGAAUGAGAAGCUGUGUCCCACGUGCUACGAGGACAAUUGUAAUGUUCACAACAUGACUGAAUAUGAAGUCACUCCGGGCUCUGCAGCAGUCACCCAUCAUCCGGGGGUGCUAUUCCUUAUCUGGAGCAUCGGUUUGGUUAGCUGGCAGGUGGCUUUUUAAAAAUCCACCCACGCUAUUCUGAGUCAUAACAAUUAAAAAGUAAAUGGAGAUUGGCAUACUUAAAAAUCGAUAGGUAUGACUAAUACUGAAAAUCGCAGAUUAUAUCGCUGUCUGUCUAGAUAAAUUAGUUUAUCUAUGAAAUACAUAAGCCCAAUUAAUAUAAAUUUCUGUUACGAAACUUAAUCUAUUUGCAGCGCGUGGGGAUUUUCGUUUUCUUUCUUAAAUAGUGAAAUAUACUGUACUUAAUAUGCAAAUGUAUAUAAAAUAAAGCAUUUCAAGGCGAAACAUUUGAUUGAG